UGUUUUUUCUCGCAAGUGCACCUCUCUCGUUGACGUCCCGGAUUUGCUUGAAUUUUGGAGAAACUAUGGCCCUGCCGAACCGCUGGUGAAUCAAAACCGGGCUCUAAUUAAUCCUGGAACUGUAAGAGACCCAAAAUUUGACUCGAGAUGUCGCAGCUGCCCGAAAAUUUCGGUCCAAACAUGCAGAAGUGCAUGGCGAGGGCUCUUUACGACAAUAUUGCCGAAUCGGCCGACGAAUUGGCGUUUCGUCGAGGAGAUGUGUUGACCGUAUUGGAACAAAACACAGGAGGAAUCGAAGGCUGGUGGUUGUGCACCUUGCGAGGCCGACAAGGUAUUUGUCCUGGAAACCGUUUACGUCUAAUUGCUGGAGUGCCGGAGGAGUUUUUCGAAGAAUCUUCUUAUCUGGCUGAUGAAAUUGCCUCUCUCCAGAGGCAUGGAAAAAGACGCAGCUUGCAAGUACAGUCUAAUAAAGUAGUGACUCCGCAAAGGGUGGGCGACAUUUACCUGUACGAUCUUCCACCUCACCACACACAGCAUUUGGCUGGCAGAAAUCACUCUCAGCCUGUUAUUUCCUCUUGUGGCGAAUCUUAUGAUGUGCCUCGUCCGAGCGCCCUUCAGCAGUCGUAUGACACGCCUCGCUCAAUGUCCUCAGCCUCGUCUUCUCCGCUGCCCCCUGUGGACUGCAGCAGCUAUGACGUUCCUCGUCCCCACGCCCCUGUGCAGACUACUCAGGGCAUGGCUUACGACGUGCCGCCCCCAAGGGCUGUUUCACCCACCAGCUCCAUUUCCUCUCUAGCCACCAACGACUCAAGCCAGUACGACGUGCCGCCCCCGCCCGUCAAAACCAAACACGCCGCCCCUCCGCCCCCAGCACCAAUUCCCUCUUCAAUGAACCCGGCUAUGCUAUUGUACGAUGUCCCACCCACGGUUACCAAAGACAUCACCACCACCGCCGCCCUUCCCCUUGAACUGACCGCAGCCCUCGAGACCCUCUCCCGGCUGGAGGCAGAGCUGCAGGCCUCCACUGGAAAACUUCUGGGCUUUGUUGCCCCCAACUGGCGUUGCUUGGAUCACUUGGAGCCGAGAGUCCUGGACCUCAAACUGGCAGCGCACCGAGUCCGCACAGCUCUGCAAGAUUUGCUCCGAUUUGCAGAAGGCGCUCUCGGAAACGCCAUCAAUUCUACAGACAAAGGGUUGGCCCCAAAAAUGAACACUUUGCUGCGGCAGCUCAAAACUUCUGACUCGAUAAUCACCGCAGCUCUGGAAAUCGUGGACUGGACCAACGUUUUCCGUGACGAUUCUUCAGUUGAGGCUCCGGACGCAUUGGACAAGUUGAUCGCUGUGGCCAAGGAGUUGCCAGACAACUGCAGACAAACCUGCAGCUUCAUCCAAGGCAACGCGCCACUGCUUUUUAAAAGGGACGCUGGUGAGGGCCUGGAGGAUUAUGAUUACGUCAAUCUAGAGUCCAAGGCCAGCUUGGCGCGGCAGCAUUUGGAGACCAAGGCCAACCUGCCACCAAACCUGAGGGAGCACUACGAGGCUCUGGUUACAACAAAAAAUGAAAUUGAGGUGCCCAACCUUGACCACAGUGACAAGCGGGUGUUGUCCUUCUUCGCUGCGCAGGCUGCAAACCAUGCAACCAACCUGACAGUGGCUAUAGACGCCUUCCUGCUCACCAUUGAGCAAAACCAACCACCAGCCGCUUUCCUGGCGCAUGGCAAGUUUGUCGUUCUGAGCGCCCACAAGCUCGUGUCCAUCGGCGACUCGGUGCACCGCCAUGUUGGCUGCUCGGUUGUGCGCGGUAAGGUGCUGCAGGCCAGCAACUCCCUUAGUGACGCCCUUGCCAGUGCAGUCAACAAGACCAAGAAAGCAGCCCUCCACUUCCCGUCGGUGUCCGCUGUCCAGGAGAUGGUGGAUGGAGUCGUCGACAUUUCGCACCUGGCCAAGGAGCUCAAGGUGCAAAUCUCUCAGGCUGCGGCCAUGAAUUGAGACAUUUGCUAAUUUUAUAAGACUUCCUUCUUACUCUCAAAAUUGUACACUACCCACACAGGUUAAUUCUCUCAUUCCUGAGUGAAAGUGGAACAUUUUUAUGAAUAACCUUGAAAUUUGGGAAAAUCACAAAAAUCAUUUGUUUCAGAAAAAAUUCAAGGAGUUUUAAAACCAAAUUAAGUGGAAUCAUAAUUCUUUGAGGUUCAAAUUCUCCCCACAUUUGAAGGUUGCAAUUUUCCUCAAUUUUGACGUCGAUCAUGAAAUUUUGUUGACUUAUAGGAUAAGAAAAUAAUUUCAAAAGGUGUGCUCCUGAAAACCUAACAAACACAAAAUGUCAACGUUUACAAUUUAAAACUUUUUUUUAAAUUUUUCGCAAAGUUGCAAACCCUUUGAGAAAUGUUUGAUAUAUUUAUUUUAUUUUAAUUAAACUUACAAAGUCACAAGUCACAAAUAUGUAUCAGCCAAUAGGUUAAUUUUGGUUUUUGAAUUAAUCAUAUUAAUAUUCCAAAUUUGUUUCGUUGCUUCCGUUUUCAUAUUUUACUCGUGCUGAUAGACAAUACAAUUGUUUUUAAUUUGAAAUUUUACUGUCCAUUCCAGUCACGGGCCAAUUAUAUAUAUCCUGUUUUGAUAGUGGAGAACACUCUGCGUUUUCAUAUUCCUCUCCUUCGCAAACUUGCUUAAUCUGCAAGGUUCCAAACGCAUUGCAUCAUGGAAAAUACAGUGCUUUCGCUCUAACUGUUGUUGUUGAUGUUGGCGUGAAUUCCCACACGCCAUUUACAUAUUUUGCACAAAAUGAUAGUGCAAGAGAAGGAAGAUAAACCAUAUAAGCAGAGAAAACUAUAUACCUUGCUUUUGAUAGUGUUAGAGAAAAAUAAGUGUGUAAUAAAGACAUACACCGAUGCAUUUUGAUUGGAAAUUUUGACUGUAUUAUCUCUACGUGCCAUUCCGAUUAAAACUGUUUCUCAAAAUGCACAAAAUAAUGUUUUAAUAUAAUUAAAAUAUAGAAGUCUCUUGCCCUGAAGAAUGGAAUUUGGUUGUGAUGAAAAGUAUUCAGAUUUUGUAUACCGUGUCUCUUUUUACAAGAAUGAGAAUAAUCGUUUGAUUAUGAGUAUCUUAUUUGUGUAGGCGGAAUAAAUUGUAAAAUGCUGAACU